CUGGCUGCGGGCAGGAUGGACACCCUGCAGGAGGUGAUGUGGGCCAGUGGCAACACGACGACGCUGCCUCCUCCCCAGGCGCCAAACAUCAGCGUGCCCCAUCGCUGUCUGCUGCUGCUCUAUGAAGACAUUGGCUCUUCUAGGGUCAGAUACUGGGACCUCCUGCUGCUCAUCCCCAAUGUUCUCUUCUUCAUCUUCCUGCUCUGGAAGCUCCCGCUUGCUCGGGCCAAGAUCCGUAUUACCUCCAGCCCCAUUUUUAUCACCUUCUAUAUCCUGGUAUUUGUGGUAGCACUGGUGGGCAUUGCCCGGGCUGUGGUGUCCAUGACGGUCAGUACCUCGGAUGCUGCUACUGUUGCUGACAAGAUCCUGUGGGAGAUUACCCGCUUCUUCCUGUUGGCCAUCGAGCUGAGUGUGGUCAUCCUGGGCCUGGCCUUUGGCCACCUGGAGAGCAAGUCAAGCAUCAAGCGAGUGCUGGCCAUCACCACUGUGCUCUCCCUGGCCUACUCUGUCACCCAGGGAACUCUGGAGAUCCUGUACCCCGAUGCUCACCUCUCAGCCGAGGACUUCAACAUCUAUGGGCAUGGGGGUCGGCAGUUCUGGCUGGUCAGCUCCUGUUUCUUCUUCCUGGUCUACUCUCUGGUGGUUCUCCUCCCCAGGACGCCUCUGAAGGACCGCAUCUCGCUGCCAUCUCGGAGGAGCUUCUACGUGUAUGCAGGCAUCCUGGCACUGCUCAACCUAGUUCAGGGGUUGGGGAGCGCGCUGCUGUGUGCUGACAUCAUCGAGGGCCUCUGCUGUGUAGACGCCACCACCUUCCUCUACUUCAGCCUGUUUGCACCCCUUAUCUAUGUGGCUUUCCUCCGAGGCUUCUUUGGCUCAGAGCCCAAGAUCCUGUUCUCUUACAAAUGCCAAGUGGAUGAGACAGAGGAGCCGGACCUGCACCUUCCCCAGCCCUAUGCCGUGGCGCGGCGGGAGGGCGUGGAGGCUUCGGGGGCUGCAGGGGCCUCUGCUGCCUGCUACUCAAGCACGCAGUUCGACUCAGCCGGGGGCAUUGCCUACCUGGAUGACAUUGCCUCCAUGCCAUGCCACACAGGCAGUGUUAACAGCACAGACAGCGAGCACUGGAAGGCUCUCAAUGCCUGA